AUGCCUGACAGGGCUCCCAGUAAAUUCCACAUCAAGUCCCGCGUAUCUAUCUCUGGCGAGGAGUGUUUACAAACGGAAAGAUUGGUGGCCAAGGUUGAGCAGAACAGGAGAAGCGGUCUUCCUUCUGAAGCCGUGUUUGUUGAGACAGGGCACCAUUUUGCAGGCCCAGGUUCUAUCAACAGAAGGCUGAAGACCCUGGAGGCUACAUCAGGCUGUCGAGACAGAUCUGGAGGCUCUGGCCAGUCGGGUCUGGAAUGGUGCGACUCCAGACUCCCUAUUGCUGCAGAUUGUCUUGAUGAUCAUGAUUCAGGGCUCACCCAUGGGAAGCAACAAAAGGGCUUCACAGCCGAACCAGCUACAAGCUGGGACCUGAAUCGGUUGCCAAGGAUCAGUACAUCAGGAAGAGAAGCAUCAAAUGACAGUCCCUCGCAAGCACGUCUGGGUGAUUUGAUUAGAAGCUCCAUGUUGAGGGCCGCAUCAGCUACCAGGCAACCGGAGUUGGCAUCUGCCUCUUCGUUUGAUGAUGGAGGCCCAGCGCCCGAUAGCAGCAGAGCUAGGAGCAUCCCUCUAAGAAGGUUGUUAGAUCCAUGGCUGAAGCCCAGAAAGGUGGCAGCUGGCUCGCCUGGACCUUCCGUACGUGGGAGGAAGGUGGGAGUCCCCACACAGGAAGAGAUGGCACCUCCUUGUGUCCUGCACGAUUCAGACCAAGGCAGCCCAAACUCCUGCCACAGCAGUUAUGUGAGUGGGUCGGCCUCCUCGAGAUGGGUUUCCAUGGGAACCCCUGGUUCAAUUCGUGAUGGGGAGUACGAAAUGAAGCAAAGCCUUCUGCGGCUCACUUGGAAGAAUGGCUUUCCUCUAUUCACAUUCUCUGUCAACGAAAGUGAUAUCCUGGCAGCCACGAGGAAGAUCGGCAGUCCCAGUAAGGAAGACUCUGAAUUCAGUUAUACAUUUUACUAUGUCCGUGAAGAGAAGAAGAAGAGCGGGGGCUGGAUGAAUCAGGGAAAGAAGAGCAGUAGGAAAGAACUCGUCUCCAGCGUAGCGGGUCAGAUGAAUAUUGCAUCCAGCAGAUGCCCCAGAUAUGGCUCUUCCAUGAAGGAGUUCAUCCUCUUUGCCCCUGAGGUACGCCCCACAGCUGAUGAAGCUCCAGAGUCUUAUCCAGGCACCGAGCUUGCAGCCAUUUCUGUCAGGGUUCCGCAAGAACAAGCAGAAACCUCCGCCAAUGAUUUUGUUCAGAAUACCAAUGGGAAACACCCUAGCCCAUCUGUGUGCGUCUCAGAGAGCAAGAGAUAUGUGGAAGUGACUUCCCCAAAUAUAGCGGUUGUAUUGCCUAGUCAAGUUCAUGGCCUGUCGAGCAAAGAAAACGGAGGAAAACCUUCACCUCUGCUAGACCGGUGGAGAUCUGGGGGACUUUGUGAUUGUGGAGGUUGGGAUGUUGGUUGCGCUCUGACAGUUCUAAUAAAUCAUCGUCAAGAUACCAACUGUACUUCAACCCAAACCUAUUCCACUGCAGAUGGCACUCAUCGGGUAGAGCUCUUCUUUCAGGUAUUAUCUUAAUCUUCUUCACUAUGAUUUAUCUUUCUUCGUGAAGGACUUUAUACUGACAGAUCCAAGUGACAAUUAUCGCAGGGAGAGAGCAGCGAAGGCAGACCUGCCUUCAGCUUGGUCGUCUUCAAGGAAGGCCUUUACACGGUCGACUUCCAUGCCUCCAUCGGCCCACUGCAGGCAUUCGCUACUUGCAUAUCACUUCUGCAUAGCAGGAACUCCACCGGCCUUCGGGCCCUGAAGAAGCCACAUAAAUAA